AUGAUAGUACAUUCCCUGAGGACUUGGACAUCGACCCCGGAACAAAGUCCUGUUACAAAGCGGAAGAUGGCAGAUAACAAGGGCAUAAAACAUAUCCGGGGACGUUAUAGGAAUCGGUUUACUGCCCUACCUACUGGCUUCCAGCUGCCGGGUAUCCUCGGAGGAUGGCGACCCGAUCUGCAGGGAAAGCAGCGUCCGGACUCGCCCCGCCAGGACACGGACCGCGAUGUCCACGUCCGGACUCCAUACGGCGAGGUCCAAGGGUUCAGGGUCUACCUCUACGACGACCCUUUUCCCGAAAGAGGGUAUAGACCCAUUUCGACUGUUGUAGAGAGGGUCCGAGGAAACGUCUCAGUCUUCCUGGGGAUACCCUACGCCCUACCACCCGUCAAGGAGGGAAGAUUCAAGAGUAUAAUCAGCUUAUGGGGUCCAGCGAAGGCCCUUUUAGCAACUUCUUUAAAAUAA